AAUUAGAGUGAAAGAAAGUAUGUUGUCUCUUUUCAACUUAUUGCACUAGUGCAGCAGUGCAGCUAAAAAAACAGACCUAAAAUUUCAAUGCGCAUGCGCAUAAAGGAUAGAAAUACCUCUCUGAGUGUUUCUCUUUUCUGUAAAAGGCUUUUGACGAUCGCAUAAUCUGUGUAUAUCAGAGAGAAAAAAAUUGAUUAACACACGUGUAUAUUUCUACAAAUAUAUUUUUUAUAUUGUAUCUUUCAUAUUUGCAUUUCUAAUAUAUAUCUACAAUGUACAACAUUGUAGCUAAUAAUGCAACGAUGGAACUUGAACAAAUGAAAAAUUAUCAACGAACACUAUUAAAUAACGUGUUUGCGCAGGAACUUGAACAAAAUGAGAAUCAAGUGAAUACAUGGAAUGAUUAUAGAAAUAAAUACAAGAAAGUAAUAGAAGGACUUGAAGUAUAUCCACUAUCUGUCUCGGAAAAUUGUAUGGUGCCUAUUGGCAAGCGAGCAUUAAUGAAAGGAAAAUUAAUUCAUACUAACGAAAUUUUGGUUUAUUUGGGAGAUGGAUAUUUUGCAAAAUAUAGCGCAUCACAGGCAAUUUCAUUGUGCAAAAGGAGGAUAGCAUGGGCAGAUAAAAUGUUGAAAGACUUGGAAGCUGAAAGAAACUUGUAUGAAAUGAAACAAUAUCUCCCAUUAAAACAUGAUAUUUUUGGAGAAGAAGGUAGAAAAGACAUAUUGGAACAUUGGAAUGAGAACAAACUUGAUGAAUGGAAGAUACUACAUAGGCAGCGUGAAAAGGAAUAUCGUCAAAAAUUAGUACAAUUGAGGGAAAAAGAAAAGACUGAUAUUUGCACCGAAGAAGAUCUUUUUAAAAGAUUAGAUGAAUUAGAAUUGGAAGAAGAAUUAAAAGAUGAAAUAUGCAGACUGGAAGCUGAACGAGAAGAUAGUUAUAAUGAUUUGAAAGAAGGAGAAGUCUAUGAUGAAUCAGAAGAGGAUUCAUCUGAUUCUGACGAAAUUACGACAGAAACAAUUGAGGAAGAAUUACAAAAAUUGAAAGAUAUCCAAACAAACAAAAUCACAUAUAAUAUACCAGAUCUCAAUGUUGAUACAAUACAAGAUAAAAUUCUUGAUACAAAUGUUAAAACAAAUGAACAUCUUGAUCUUACUGUAAAUUCUAGUCAGGAGGAAUUAAAAAACAAUCAUUCAUCUGAAUCUAAAGAGGGUAUAUCCAAGGCCACAAAUGCAAAGAAAACAGGAAGAGUAUCAUUUAUUGAACCAUGUAUUACGAAAAAUACAGAAAAUGAAGAAAUAUUAAUAUCUAGUGAAAAAUCCUGUUUUAUUUCAAAACAGGAUAAAACACAUGAUGAUUCUGAAAAUGAAGAAGAUAUUAUCAGGAUUGAGUUUUCACAUUCAUCCCAUAUUCCAAAUAUAUCUACAUCAAGUAAUACAGAAAUACAAAGCCCAAUAGAUAUUUAUAAACUGUUUAAUGCUCCCAAAUCCAUUUUGAAAAGAUCUCCAAAUGAUAUGAUUCCUAAUCAAAUCGCUCCUCUUUUGAAUGAAGAAAGUAGUACUGACACAGAAAAUGAAGUCGAACAUGUUAAACAUUCUAUCUACAAUUCUGUAAUCAAGGAAAAAGUCCAAGAAAAUAAAAUAUCGCCAAUGAAAAAUAGUUUAGAAAAAAAAGAUGAAAAGAAAGUAGUAAGUAGGUUUAAACUGGGGCGAGCUGAAAAAAAGAAGUGAUAUGUGAAUAUGUUUAUUAUAAGUUAGAAUUUUGUUUGUACAUAACAUAUAAAUAAAUAUAUAUUUUCUAAGACUAUGUGUUCAUAAAAUGUCCCAGUUGUAUGGAAAAUUUAUUUUGAAAACAAAAAAUUUUCCACAUGAAAGUCAGU